UCUAUGGGAGGAGCCUUUCUCCAGUUGAUUGAGGAUGGCGUUGGCUGAUAAAAGGCUUGAAAACCUACAGAUCUACAAAGUCCUCCAGUGUGUCCGUCAGAAGGACAAGAAACAGAUCGAAAAGCUCACCAAACUCGGGUACCCCGAGCUCAUAAACUUCACCGAGCCCGUCAAUGGGGACAGCGCCCUUCACUUGGCGUGUGUCGCCAACGACAUUGACAUGUGCCACUUCCUCCUGGACCUCGGAGCUCAUCCGGACGUCCAGGAUCGGAUGGGGCGCACGCCGGCUAUGAAAGCAGCCGAACUCGGCCAUGACUUAGCCCUGGAUGUUCUGGUGCAGGCGGAGGCAGACAUGACCAUCGUCGACGAGGAAGGAAAAGGUAUUCUUUUCUAUUGCAUUUUGCCUACCAAGCGGCACUUCCGCUGCGUUCAGAUGGUCCUGGAGUAUGGGGCAGAUGUGAAUAACGUGACGUUCGACGGGAAGCCGGUGUUCUUACAAGCCUGUGAGCAAGCGCAUGAGAUGAAAGAAACAUGCAUGAUUUUCUUGGAAAGAGGAGCAGACCCCAAUGCUGUGAACCUGGCGACAGGCCGCACCGCCCUGAUGGAAGCGUCGAGAGAAGGCGUGGUGGAAGUCGUCCGCGGCAUCCUUGAGAGAGGCGGGGAUGUUAAUAUUUUUGACAAUGAAAGACACCACGCUGCGCAUUUUGCAGCCCAAGGAGGUUAUUUUGAGAUCCUGAAGAUGAUUUCUGCUUAUGACGGAGACGUCGGCCUCAUCGCCAUGAAUGGAAACACCCCCCUUCACUACGCGGCUGCAGGAGGAUACACGGAGUGCUGCAAAUUUAUAGGGCAAAGAGGCACUGAUCCAACAUGGAGGAAUCUGGAAAAAAAGACGCCCAGAGCCGUUGCUAAAGAUGCUGGAUUUAAAGCAGCAGCCAAGGAGAUCCGCAAAAUCGAGCGGCGUUUUGCCAAAUACCACAAGCCAAAACCGGGGGUCAAGAACCCCAACCCCCCCUGGGCUGUCCGGCUGCACGACUGGUCUGUGGAACACCAGGCGAGCCUUCGGGAGGCAUUCGAGGCGGCAGAUCGAGGCGAUGGGACCGUCUCCAAAGACGAUUUCAUCACCAUCAUUGAGGAGAGGUGCCCCUUUGUGGACACGGACCAGCUCCCCACCAUCGCUCAGGCUCACGAGAAGACCCGCGCCGGGGGAGUGAACAUCGAGGAGUUUCUGAGGGGCAACCGGUACUUACAGAAACCUUUCCUCUUGUCAUCUUACGGCCCCAAGAAGAAGAAAGGCAAGAAGGCUAAAGGCAAGAAGGGCAAGUUUGCCAUCCCCUUACCGAUCUGUGUCAUCCCAGAGGGGACGUGGCCACGGCGCCCCGAUGGCGGGCCCCCCAAUUAUAUGAUCCAGACCUAUCAGAACGUCACCGACUGCACCCGGUUCAAUCGAGACCACCCGCCCGAGCAUCCCAUCCAGGACGACUCCUGGUGGUACGUCGACGACCCGAUGAAAAACUUUUCCAAUGUCAAUUACCUCACGAAGGCUGGAGACCUUUCAUCCCUAAAGAAAGCCUUUGAGUCGGGGGUACCGGUGGAUGUGAGAGACCACUUCUACAAAACGCCGUUGAUGGCGGCCUGCGUGAGCGGGAACAUGGAAGCGGUGAAAUUCCUCUUAGAAAAAGGGGCUAGCGUGAACGCGAUGGACAAUUUCAUGUGGACCCCUCUCCACCACGCCUGCCACGCCGGACAGCAGGAUAUCGCGGAAGUCCUCGUGAAUGCUGGAGCAAAUAUGGAUGCCAUCACAAUCAACGACGGCACCCCUCUGAUGAGAGGCAUCGAGAGCUCCCGACUGGACACAGUGCAAUAUUUAAUCAACAGCGGUGCUAAAGUCCAGCUGGCAAACAGGAGGGGUCAAAAUGCUCUGGAUAUCUCCAGGGCCUAUGCCGACAACCGUUUAAUCCACUUUGUGCAAGACACGUUGGAUCGUUUGCCUGUGCCGCCUGAAAACAAAGCGGAUAAACAGAAAGGGAAGAAAGGCGCCAAGCCUAAAGCGCCAGCCCCACCGCCUCCGAAGCCCAAGCCUCAGGAAUCCCCUGCGAAGGAGCCAGGGAAAGAAGAGGCUUCGCCACAGCCAGAACCUGUCCUGGAGAAAUCCAUCUUUGAAGAGAAGAAAGAAUCUCACAGGGAUAACGUCGUCCAUCUGAAUUCGUUAAUAACUAGAGGAGCCACCAAAAAAGUCGAUAUCACUUACACACCAAAGAGAAUAUGGAGUCCAGAAUCGACAACCAAAGACCUCCUAAAGAAGAGGGAGCUGCGUCGCCAGCGGUUUACUUACGAGGUGGACUUUGAGGACUUCAUGAUGCCCUUCCAGAAUAAUUUCAUGCAGAAAGCCCGCAAAUUAAACCAGGCUUUGGCUUUGCGCUGA